CAGUUUGAUCCUAUUUCAUCCUUCUUCUAGAACUAAAAGGUGUAAUACCGACAGACCCCUUAAGUUUGUCAUACUGUAGGAUCUUUAAGCUUAAAUCGCUUGAGGCGCAGUUGCUGGGUAUGUCAUCCAGAAUACUUAUGAACCAUCUGACAUAAGCGAUAGUUAUUCUUAUUUUGUGGAAAUCUGCUUAUGUUUUCAUUUCGUUUCUGAUUCCUAAUCAUGUAUAACAUGAUUGGAACCGAAACAUAGUAAUAAUAGACACAAUCCUGAUCCUUUAUACAGCUGAUGCUGUGAUUGUGUCGAUUAUCCAAGAUGUUAAUCAGUAUUCCCGAAUGUCACCUCUUCCAUAUAAGAUGUAGCACCCAACUAAGAGAUUCUUGAGUCAAACUUUACUUGAACAUUUCAUAUACAGUCUUUCUGUUAUUACGGUCCUUACAGUUCUUUUUUUUAUUAAAAUCAUUCGUUUCAAAAUGCAUUUCUCUCCCCGUUCUCUUAUUGCCUCUGUGCUUUUGGUUUCUGCUGUUCAAGCAUAUCCUGGUCUUCAAGCAGACUCUGCUAGUACUGAUCUAGCUACUACAAUAUCAGGGACUGUUUUGGAGACUCCUCCACCUUUAGAGGGGUCCUUUGAUAAUGCUGGGCUGUUUAGAUUCUUCGUAAGAGCCGCGAAGAAAACGACUGCAAAGACCACUGCAAAAACCAUUGCAAAAUCAACAGAGGUUGCACCAACGACCCAAAAAACCACGGCUGUAGCAACAACUCAAAAAACUACAGCCGUGGUAAGUACACCAACGACUACCUCUGUCAAAGCUACUGAAACUCCUAUUACGAGUUCGGUAAAAAGUGGCUCGGACCCAAGCACCACGACCACUAGCUCGAAAUCUUCAGUUUCGAGCAGUAGUUCUAUUUCUACUCCUACUUCAGCAAGUUCGCUCUCGACAUCUAAAGUCUCAUCUUCUACUAUUUCUUCCACUUCAUCGACCAGUGUCAGUAGCACAUCUGGCUCUGUCAUAAGCACAGGUUCUCUAUCAUCAGGAUUUAGCUCCAGCUCCGUCUCUGGCAGUUCAGGGACUGGAACCAUAACUUCCUCUUCUCCACUCACAUCCUCCACCGGCUCAGUCUCUUGCUCUGUAUCUAACACCGUGACCGAUAUCACCUAUUUCGUCUCCCCCGCAACCAACACUCUCGGUUCCGUUACAAAACUAUCCACUAUCUCUUCCAUAGUGGUAAAAACCAUCGGAUGUUCCCUCAGCGCCACAACAGUUACAUCUACCAUCUCAUCCUCUGCUUCCAUUAGCAAAAUCGUUAUUCCAACCGGAUACAGAGAUUCCAUCAUUAGUGCCGAGGCAGGAAAAGCGGCUUGGUAUAAAGCUGGUGUUUCGGGAUUUUCAAGUCAGAUGAGUGUAUACAGUGCUGCGUCGACCAGGACAAGUGGGAUGACCACCGUGGCUUCUUCUACGGGAAAUGCUUCUAGUGUGAAAAGUGGUUCUGCUUCUUCUAGUGUUGCAAGUGUGACGGCAAAGGGAAGUGAGAGCAGUGUUUCUACGGAUGUUUCGAGUGUUACCAGUGCGCCUUCUGCUUCUCAGACAACAGCUUCGGCGAUUGCUGGAGAGAUUUCGUCGCUUCUUGAUAUCUUUUGAGGAUGAGGGUGUAUGAUAUGUGAGAGGGUUGAAUAUUCAGGUAGUAAUAUAUGUGUAUGGAUGGUCAUGUAUCUUGUUCUAUUUAUAUAAAACUAAGCUGUUUGAUCUUUUAAUGGGCAAAUGAAAUUUUUACAUAAUGAUGUGUCCAGCUGACAUCUCCCAUCUAUAAAACACCAUAACUAAUUACUUGAUCUAGGCUGGAUGAAGACAAAAUUAUGUCCAUUGCUGGAAAAGUAAACCUUUUCAGGAUACAAAGUCACACUCUUACCUCAAUGCCAUAGUUCAGCGUAGUCAACCAAGUAGGCUUGAUAAAAGCAAAACCAGAGACAAAUCAUGUUUCGGCAUUCAUGUCACACCUGGUAACAUGGGGACCUCCCUUGUCAAUAGUUUAGUCCAAUUCUCCAGCACUAUCAUGUCAAAUUACCACAGCCACUACAUAGUCAUCUCUGCUCCCGUUAUUUGGCUUAUAUUUCUAUUAAUUAGGGGAAGCUUUGAGAUGGCGCCGUCCUUGGCUUCUGAU